UGUGCACUAGCCUAACUCCCUGUCGCUCUCUGCGUGUGGGUGGGUGUGCAUGUGUGUGUGUGCGAGGGUAUACAUUUUAUGCAGUGGGUGUUUAAAGAGCUAAGCACCGAAGCUGGAUUUCCACAAACGAUCAUCACGAGCACUCCAGACACAUCAAACUUCCUCUCUUGGAUGGAGGAUGAAGCUGUCCUGGACAGAGGGGCUUCCUUCCUUAAGCAUGUGUGUGAUGAAGAAGAAGUAGAAGGCCACCACACCAUCUACAUCGGGGUUCAUGUGCCGAAGAGUUACAGGAGAAGGAGACGUCACAAGAGAAAGACAGGGCACAAGGAGAAGAAGGAGAAGGAGAGAAUCUCUGAGAACUACUCUGACAAAUCAGAUGUGGAGAACGCUGACGAAUCCAGCAGCAGCAUCCUAAAGCCUCUCAGUGAGUACUCUGUGCAUUGGGGCCUCUCACUGUCUCCCUCCCACGUCUUUGGGAAGGAGACUUUUAGAAUCUUGUGA